AUGAGGUCCCCAGGACUUCAAUGGAUCCUGAUCCUCUUGACGGCGAAUCUAGUAGCAGGGCAAGGUUCCUGCCAAUGCCACUGCCCAUACUCUGGAACAAGUAUACUGACUGGUGGUAGCAUUUACGAAGGUAGCUCAAGUUAUUCACCACCACCAACUUCAGGUUGUUCAUCACCACCGUGGUUAAAUUACUUACCUCCAUCAUGGUGGAAUUACGUACCACCGACAACUACCGGUUAUUUACCUCCAUCAUGGCCAGGUUACCUACCACCAACUACCGGUUAUUCACCUCCAUCAUGGCCAGGUUACCUACCACCAACUACCGGUUAUUCACCUCCAUCAAUGCCAGGUUACCUACCACCAACUACCGGUUAUUCACCUCCAUCAUGGCCAGGUUACCUACCACCAACUACCGGUUAUUCACCUCCAUCAUGGCCAGGUUACCUACCACCAACACCCGGUUAUUCACCUCCAUCAUGGCCAGGUUACCUACCACCAACUACCGGUUAUUCACCUCCAUCAUGGCCAGGUUAUGUACCACCAACAACUACCGGUUACUUACCUCCACCAUGGUCAAGUAAUUUACUUCCACCACCCGAAACUAACUUACCUCCACCAGCUGAAAGUUACUUACCUCCACCAGGAUCAACUUAUUUACCACCGCCAACUUCAGAUUUGUCGAGGCAACGCUAUUCCGGAGCCUUGGCAGCGCUUGGUGCAUUCAAUCUCAGCGUAUACAGUUAG